GCUCGGCGUUCUGCCCGCCGGUCCGCUCCCGAGUGCUUCCCGGAGCGCGGGGCCUGGGGCCUGGCUGCAGCCCGGCGUGGUGGUGGGACCCUGACCCGCUCGGCCCGGGGCUGCGGGGCGGGCCGGCUUCGGCAGAUUGUCCCGGCGGAGCCGUCCCGGAUCAGCCACGAUGCUUUGGUCCCUGUGCCUGCAAGAAGACUCUGCCGCCAUCGUUUCCAGCUAGAAACACGCGAACCGAGCAGCUGCCAUGGAAACAGCCUGCACGGAGGAGGCUGCCAGGACCCGGUCGCAGUCUGCAGCUUGCAGGCAGUGCAAGGGCGGUGAGCAGCAGCCGGAGGAGAACAGUGAGCGGCUGUCCCAGCGGAGUGAUGCUUCAGCCGCGGCUGCGGAGCAGCAGCAGCCCCAGGCACCCUCCGGCAAGCUGAAGAAAACUGCUUUCAAGCUGUUUGGAGGGAAGAGGAGUAUAUGUACACUGCCAAGUUUCUUCAGCAGCAGAAACAAAGGCCAGGGGAAAGGAGCUUCGAAAAAGGGUCUCAGUAAAAGUAAGACUCACGAUGGGAUCAGCGGCACUGCAUAUGAUGAGGGCAGCGGGGCGCAGUUGGAAAGCCCUUCGGAUGGAAGCAGGGAUUCUCAUCCUUGCCUGCUGCCAAGCUCCCAAAGUGUUCACGUGGCCAUAGACACCAGUGUCAAGUUUGAUUUUGGCCGGCAGGAUAGCUCUCCGCCAGGGAGUAUUGAGGGCAAUGAAAAGAAGCCCAACGGAGACAAGUCAUCCUUCCCCAGACCAAAAAAAGGCCUGAAGGGGCUUCUCAACAGCAUCCGGCGUCACCGUAAGAGCAAGGUUGCCGAGUGUGAGAAAACAGAGCUCUCUGAGUGGCCUGGGGAUUCGGAGGAGACCAGCAAAGCUCAAGGCACAAAAGCGGAAACCCCUGGAGCUGUGGAGGAAAGGGGACCCGGAUCUGUCCCUCCUGCAGCAGCCUGCCCAGGGAGCUCAGUGGAUAACUGCUCGGUGCGCACAGAAGCUGACUUUGGGGAGGCUGCUGAGCCAGACUGGCUCCAAGCUGAUAAGGGCAGCUGUGAGGGCAAUGUGAUGGCAGUGCCUGGGGACAAGGAUGACCUGGAUGCAAAAUCAGAGGUAGAUGCUGUUGUCUACACAGAGUCCAACUACAGCCAUCUCCCAGUGGCCCUUCAUCCAGACUUAGCAGACAACGACCCUCCCUCAUUACACUCUGGGGACCAGCUGAGUCUCCUCUUUGGAGACGUCACAUCCCUGAAAAGCUUUGAUUCCCUCACGGGUUGCGGAGACAUCAUUGCUGAGCCUGACAUCCUCAGCAUUGCUGAGAGCACGAUCUCUGUGGAGCGCAGCAGAGACACGGCUAAACGGAGCCCGUGCCUCGUCACCUACCAGGGAGGCGGGGAGGAGAUGGCCAUGUCUGAGGAGGAGUACCUCCAGCAGAUAUGGGAGGGCACCGCUGAAGAGGGCAGGAGCUACGAAGCCCCGCUGCCUCCAGCUGUGAGCAGUCCCGAACUGCAGGCAGUGAGCAGCAAGUUGGAGACGCGUGGUUUGCAUGAGGGGGAGGUCCACCUCUAUGCUGGUGGGGCAGUGGAUGGGGUUGAGCUCCUGACACCACAGAGCGACCAGCAAGAGUCCGCGCCUAACAGCGAUGAGGGAUAUUAUGACUCCACCACACCGGGACCGGAGGAUGAAACUGGGGAUGGGCUUUGUGAGAUCAAGAAGGACCGUCUUCCCAGAGACAGCUACAGCGGCGAUGCACUUUAUGAGUUUUAUGAGCCCGAUGACACACUAAUGAGCCCCUCUCAUGGGGAACAAUCCCUGUUUGAGAGCAAAGUCUCUCACCCGGAGAUCUUCAGCUACUUCUUGGACUUCUGCCUCCCUGCUGAGAAGAGCUUGAUCCAGAUGAUGGAUCAGAAGAGGGGGGUUAUGGAAACCGAAGAAGAGCGGCUAGCUGCCAUUCAGAAAGAGCUGCUGUUUUGGGAGCUGCAGAGGGAACCAGGCUUGAAGCGACUUGAUGUUCCCAACAAAGAGAAGUGUCCCAGGGAAAAGCAGCAUGUUGAAUGUAAAACUAGAGCAGCCAACUUGAUUGGCAAAAAUCAGAGUUGCCUUGGUAGUGAGCAGAUUGCCUCUCAAGCUCUAAACAGGAGUGUGACUGGUGGGAUUUCGGUGGCUAGAGCUGAAAAUCCAGAAUGGAGUGAUUUUCCAGGGCCUUUGUGUCCAGAGAACUGUUACAACAGCCAAAAAGCCCAAGGAAGUUGCCUUAUUCAGCUCAUGAAGAACAACCCAGGGUUUGAUUCUGACCCAGAUCAUGCGUCGUUUGCGGGACCCCUCCAUGGCAGUGCAGCCCCGGCCAAACUGGGGAUGUUCCCCAGCCACAGACCCCUGGAGCAUGAGGGCUGCUCGCAGAAUGACCACCACAGUGGGGUGGAGGCUGCCAGCAGAGAGCCCCAGGCUGACCACGAGUGCGAACCUGAGCAUGCCAUGAGCUUCUCACAAGCUUUGGUGGAGUUCACCAGCAGUGGGACCCUCUUCUCCAGCCUCUCGGAAAGCCUGGGCAGCUCCGACUCUGGCUCUUCCUUCACUCAGAACCUCCCCGUCCUCCCCACCAUGGUCACGUUCGACAUUGUUGACGUGGAGCAGGAAGGGGAAGGGGAGUGCGAACAGCACCUAGAGAUGAAUGCUGAUGAGGAGAUGGCUGCGUCCUUUGAGGCCUUCGAUGAGAGCUACAUGCAGAAGGAGUCGUUUGCUGAAUGUGACGAGAGAAUGUUCCUGGGGUACCCCCAGGGCUCCUCCCAGAGCUGUAACUGGGGGGUUGCCAGCCUGCCCCGGCACCUGCGUCUGCACGGGCUCAGCCCUGCCAUGCCAGCACCGCUCUCCCUUAACAGGAGAAGCAGGUCGCUUGACACGGAGAGCCUGGAGUUUGAACUUGCGGACUUGCAGGUUUCCAAGAACGGCCUUAAGCCUUGCCAGCUGUGGUCAAAAUGGGACAAAAAGUAUUCAGAUGGAGUGAGAAGGAGCAGAAGCAAAGAGGAGGCCGAAUUGACAGCUCCUGAAGGUGGGGAGGCCAAUGGUGUGCUGAGCUGGCCGGGCUUGCAGUACCUCCAGUACGAUGCCGAGCUGGCUCCCGGGGGGAUCAAACACUGGGGUUUUGCUCCAGCUGCUGGGAUGCAGAGCAGCUGGGAGCCAUCAGAGCGGUCAGAUGCGGACCCCUCCUUUUUGCCCCUUUCCAGGAGCAGUGCCAGAGAAACUCUGGAAAGGCAGCCUCAAGAUCCGGAGCCAAACAGGCUCCUGGUCAGGCCAUCCAACUUACCUCUGCAGCCUGACACGAGGCAGCCCCAGGAGGCGUCUGGGUCAUACAGGUAUCACGGAGAAGCCCCGGCCAAAAAGCUCGCGCGUGUGCUCCCGCUGGGGGAACCAGAGCAGUCACAGAACAUCAGCUUUGCCCAGUCCCCGGAGAAACCAACCAAGUGCAAACCUGUCGGCGUCACCCAUGGAAUGCCCCAGUUCCACGACAACGAUGACACCGAAACCUUAAAAAGCUCAGCCUGCUUUGCAGAGUGCCACGGGAGUGCCAGCAAAGAGCUGCUGAAAGGGAGAGCUGCAACGGGGAAUGCGCUGCCCGGCGGCUGCCUGAGCACUGCAGUGAAUUGCGAACCACCACUCUCGAACACAAUACACGAUGCAAAAUGUGGUAGCAGCCCCAGUGCACAGUCCCACUGCUGCUAGAAUAAAAUCUGGAAGUGGACCCAUUUCUAGUACGGCAGGUUUGUUUUCUGCAGAUGUACCUGAAGGGCACCAUCACCUUAAGCAAAGAAGCUGAGCAUUUGGCAGUUGUGAAGGAGUGAGGAGCAGUGCUGUGCUGUGACCUCGCUGGCUGUGCCAGUUGUGAGCGGUCGCUUCUCCCACACUGGGGUUUCUCCCCAUAGGGCCGGGCUGCAUGGCUGCUCUGCAGGACGUUCCUGGAGUCUCCGCUUCAGGGCUGCAGCCAGGGGAGCGCGUCCUGGGGAAGCUAUCAAAAGAAAUUGGGUUUCUUCCCAGUUCUUCCCUUUGCUGUGAAACGUUUUUAUUUAUUUAUUUUUUUUGGACAAACUUUUAAUGUCUUCCAUCUUGAUCUUGAUUUGGGGAGCCGCAGAGGAAGGAUGCAGGUUAUUUUGAGAGCAAGGACAGGAGGCGAUUCAGCUGCAAGGGGAACUUUGCUGCCACUUUUUUUUUCCUGCCUGAGAGGAAAGCAGGAGUUUUUGUGUGUGUGCUGAUAACGUUUUCCAGUUCUAGCUUUAAUCUGCUCAAAAAUAUAGCACGCAGAGAGAUGUUCUAUGAUGGAUUCCCUUUCAAGAACAAAGCGUCAGUCCCUUUUCUUUGUCAUGGUGUCUCUUCAUGGUGUGUAAUUUCCAGCUGAAGCCUUUCCUACGCUUUGUGCCUCAUCCCCAGCCUCUCCCAGGCCAAGGGCACGUGUACGGCUUCUCUGAAAUAAGCUAAAUUUGCAUUGGGCCUGUAGCUGUAAAGUUGCUGAUGCUGUGUUGUUUUUUGUUUUAAAUUUUGUGUUUAUUUUCUUUGUAUAAACUCAUACGAGGAAAGUAUUCUAUUAAUUGGAAUACAGGAUGUAGCACAGCCUAAAUUAGGCUUCACAACUUCUUCCUUCUAACUGGAGGGAACAAAAAUGCUGAAAAUUGCUGCAGGCUUUUGAUUUUCUUUUGUUGUUUUUUUUUAAUUCCUCUUGAACAAGUGUGGAGAAGAAACACAAGUGUAGGAGACCAACAUUCCAUGGAGGUUGUCAGAGCUCUUGGAAACACCUGUUCCAGGAUGGCAGAGCAGAGCUGACACCUUUCCUGAAGAAGUUCUCAGUGUCCUUGUUGAUCUGAAACACACUGGUCUCUAAACCAAACCUUCCCUCAAGCGGAUCAGCUUCAGAGCAGAGGCUUGUGCCAGGGGACCUCUCACCAUCGGGCAGAAGGAGAGGACCUAAGAGACAGGGAGGAAUGGAAACAGGUCCCUGCUCGGGGUGGCUGGCAAACCCCUCUCCUGGCCUGCCUUGCCUUCCCAGGUGCUCUUGCGUGAUAGGUGUGCAGCUCUGGAACUUAAGAGAUGGGCAGAUGAGGAUGUUGGUGAACAUCCAUCCAGCGGGUUCUGUGGGGUGAGUCAGUUACCCACGUACCCCAAAACUGCCUUUGCCAGGAGCAAAAGAAAGGUGAUUGUCCUAGGGGACUCCCUUCUGAGGGGAACUGAGGGCCCAGUAUGCUGAGCAGACCCUUUCCCACAAGGAAUUCUGCUGCCUCCCUGGGGCCUGGGUCAAGGACAUCGCCAGGAAGCUCCCUGCUCUGGGACAGCCCUCCAGUCAUUACCUGCUUCUGGUAGUGCAGGCUGGCAGUGAUGAAGUUGAGGGGAGAAGCCCAAUAGCCCAGCUCAAGUGCACCCACAACACUGCUGAUGAACUGUGGGAUGGCACACCACAAUCAGACUGCGUGCUAGUGAGAUCCUUCAUUUUGCUCCACGAGGUGCUGGGUACGAUGAAACACUUCUGAAAUGCUUGUACACCAACACAUGCCGCAUGAGGAGCAAGCAAGAAGAACUAGAAGCCUUGGCUCAGUCCCAGAGCUACUACAUCAUUGGCAUAAGCAAACCCUGGUGGGAAGAGUCCUGUGGCUGGUGUGCUGUGAUGGAUGGUUACAGACUCUUCAGAAAAGGCAGGGCACCAAGAGGGCAGUGGGCACAUGGCCGAGAGCUGCAGGAGUUCAGCAGGUGUCUGGGCAGUGCUCUCAGGUCUGGUUUUUGAGUGGUCCUGUGUGGAGCCACGAGUCUGACUCAAUGAUCAUUAUGGGCCCCUUCCAACUCGGGAUAUUCUGUGAGUCCCUUUCUCUGGCUUACAGAGCUUCUUCUACUUCUGUCCAACUGACUGUAGUUCAGUUAUUGAUGAAUUGGAUGUUCUUUUUCCCGAACUGCCUAUUUUCUGCUUCUGUUUGCAGCAGAGAUUGUAACGUGAAAUCACAGUCUGGAAAUAGCGUGGUGAUCCCCUUCAGCAGAGCCUGCCUGCACGCCGUGGGGCGGCGGGGCUCUGCUCAGCGCUGCUUGGAGCCGAGUCCUGCCCCGGAGCAGCUCACCAGGUGCUGCCCACACCUGCAGCCCAGGUACGCGUGUGGCUGCGGUUGGAAACGUGGGCAGCUCCCUGAUAUUGCUCUACUUGUAGGGUACUGAGGCAUGAAGAGCUUUUUUGUUUUGUUUCCCUAAGCAGAAUGGGUUCUAUUAUUUCUUCUUGAGACGAGGCUUCUUACUGUCCUGUCCUCGUACGUCCGUGAAGGAACAGGGAAAGGUGAAGCCAGAAUUCCUUCUUGGCAGCUCCACUUACAUGUAUGUUGUUGUUUGUUUGUUUGUUUUCUGAACAGAUUCCUGAAGCUUGAGCAGUCCCAUCCAUGUGUCCUUGGGAUUAAACCUUCAUUUUUCAGUGUUUGUGCCACGAGCAUCCCCUAACAAACGCUCCUAACUCCCUCUUGCUCGGGGUGUGCUCAGCUUCGGAUCCCAGCCGAGCUCCGCUGCAACUCAGCGCUGAUCCCAAAGAAAGGAUCCCAUAGUUAUCACUAGCAACACCAGAGAUGUCACAACACAAAUAGGUGCUCACUGGAAUUGCUUGGCCUCCGCAGUGGCCUCUUACAGGAUUUUUUUAACCAUGAUCUUGUUUUAGCAUGUCACCAAAGGCAUCUUGUGGCUCAAAGGGGUUUUGCGUAGUGUGUUGUUUGUAAAUGGUGCAGCCUUUGCCAAAGUUCUGGUGAAGGAUGAAAGUGUCUCAGUGCUAAAAUGAAUGUUCAGUUGCAAAUGCAUGUCUGUAGUAAUAAUUAUUUUGGUUGUAGGUACGUAGUGGGAAGACUUAUUGGACAACAGUUCCUAGACUCUGAUGUGUGAAAGCAAUACAGCCAAGACUUGAUAAUCUGACUUUAUACCAAAGGUUUCUCCUCUUAAUGUGAUUUGAACUAAACAAAUCAAGGAUCCGUUGAUUUAAAAUGAGGUUUCUAAAAGCAUUUUUAAAAUAAUUUAUUGGGUUACUGGAGUAUUCUGCUCCAUUAACCCAAAGAAAUAAGAAUUUUCAAUAUACUAACCUAGUCUGUAAAUUGUCACUGCCAUAGACUGGAUUUCAGUACCUAAUGUAUUCCUGCUUCUGAAAUACCUGUCUGCUGUGGAGUAGAUAGGACCUGACCUUCCCACCAUGCUUUCCUAGUAGGGAAUUGCAAAGGGACUACAGUUUGAGUGCCAAAUACAAGCUCCUGGAUCUUGAUCUUAUCCCCCUAUGGCUUUAGGAGAGAUUUCUCACAGCUGCAUAGUCCAAAUUAACACAUCACUGGGGUGGGAAUAGUCGUUCUGGUGUGGUCUUAGCCCAUUUUCAGAAGCAAUGCAUCUGGGAAUGAAAGGAUAAGCUUUAAGGGGGGUCCUUCAUCCUUUCUGUGACCUACGAGGCUGUUCAUUGAUGUCUGGGAAUGCUUAGUGGCCAGUCUUUGUUGAAGCCAAACAGAAGAGGAUUUGGUGUCAUAGGGAGUGCUUGGCGCAAGUUGUUGUCUCCUUCAGUGGGAUCCCGUGGCUGCUCUCUGGUGUGGGACAGGGGCCUGGGAGGACACCCUCAUUGGUUGUGAGCUCUUGGAGCUCUUUGACCACUGCUGACCUCGUAACGAGCACGAUUUUCCUAAAAAUGUGAUGGAGGAAUUCCCCACCUGAGUCCUUGGACCACGCUGAAGCUAGAAGCAGUCCCGUUGCUCACUGAGGGCUGCGGCUUCUCAUUUCUGGCUCAAGCCGCCGUCUUCUAACCUGGUAAAAUAGAGACUCACCCUAGGAACCUGAGCUUGAGAGCAGUAACUCUUGUGUAGAAGAGGUCAGCGGAGGCAGAAAUGAGGCAUACAGGUCGGGGCGAGCAGGUUGUCUGGCCGAGGUGUGGAGAAACAGCCCCAAACCUCGAGGAGCUCAGCGCAUCCAGGGGCAGCCUUGGAGCGCUGGGUCAUGGCUGUUGGCUGCAGAUCAACCCCUGCCCAGGUCAGCCUACCAAGUAACUCUGUAUUGCGUUUGGGGGGCUUUGGUUGGUUGGUUGUUCGUUUGUUUUUUUUUUUUAUAUAUACACAUAAAAAAACGGUCGAUUUUAUCUAUUUUUGUAUAGUUUUGCAUUUUAUAUUCAUGGGGAAAUUUUACGGACUGUUCUUUUCCUUACGUACGUUACGCGUUUCAAAACGGUGCGGUUUACAGUUCUGAUGGAGAAACAGCAAUUAAUUGCUGUCACUGCUGCUGCCACUGCCUGUGCAAUGCAAGAGACCCACCUUGCUCCCCACACCGUCGUGCAGCGUGCUGUUCAGUGGCAUCUGAAGGAGCAACUCUGGCAACGAGAAGCCAGUCCACUGCCACUGCACGCUGUGCGCGGACACCGCCAAGACGUCAGCUUUGAUGCUGGUCUGUCACACUCGUCAGCUGUUUCUGAGCUUUGUUUUGGAUCUGAAUUUGUGCACCGUGGUGAUUUUUUCCCUGAAAGUAUUGUUGGCUGUCUUUAAAAAAAAAAAACCAUCCAAACCAUGUGGAUUUCAGCUGGGGCUUUCCCUUCCGCGUGCUUCAGUUCAGUUGUCCCACACUGGGCUCUCCUCAAUCCCCUGCAGCAGUCGCAGAGCAGGAGAUGCUGCUGGCUGCUGUGGGGUGAUGUGGAAACCGGUGGCAGAGUUCCUCCUGGAACAACGUUGCCUUGAAUUCUGGGGUCACAACCAAAAGGAAAGCUCCGGGUACACUGAGAUCCAACACUAGUUAAUGUGGAUCUUUUUUUUUUUUUUCCCUUAAUGGAAUGAAUAUGCUGCUUUGUUUGCCUGACUCGGUGCCCUGCAGAGUUUGCAACCCUGUGUGGGGUGUAAGGGCUGACACAACUCUCUGCAGAAGGUCGCGAUGAUUGGCUGAGCGGAGGAGGACAAUGCCCAGCGCUGACGUGCAAAAAGAAAAUUAAAUGCUGAAAAGCUGAAAGAUUACAGCUGAAAGCAGAUUCGUCCCUUCUUCCCUCCGAGCCAGCACCAGCAGAGGUGGCAGUUCCAAGCUGAGACGUUUGGCUCUGCGCAGAUUGUUGCGUCUUUUAAUUCCACAGCCCUUAACAAACGGGGGCACUGUCGGGGUUCCUUAGGAUGGAGCAGGGCUGGGAUGGCCGCUCUCCUGGCAGCUGCUCCCGGGGCCCGCAGCGCAGGCAGCACAUGGGAACCGAGGGGAGCCCGUGGGUUCUAAGGAAGCAGUGCUGCCCCAGCUCUGCCCCUCUGUCCCCACUGCGGCUGUGCAGGGAGCCCCGUCCAGCCCCGCUGCGUGCUGCCCUGCUCCCUGCCGGGUGCCACGUUCGGGGCUGUUGUUCUGUUUUGUUCUGGUCUCAUUGCUACUCAUCCUCUCGACUUUUUAAUGUACUGACUGUGUUUUAAAUUGAAUGUUCCUUUCACCGAAUCCUAAUGAAUAAACUUCAGAUUUUUAGAGAACACCUGA